CAGAAAAAAAUCUCCUGCCGCACUCCUACGCGACCGUGAGCGACGCUCCCCGACGAGCGCUCCCCGAUGGCAUCCGAGGAUUCCAAGCCCGCGCAGGCCGCGGCCACCGCCGAGCCGACGUCCCCGGCGACCGCUGCCGCGGGGGAGGCGCCCCCGAACCCCACGGCAGCCCAAAACCCUAGCGCCGCCGCCGCGGCCGGCGGCGCGGCCACGGAUCUGGAGAAGAAGAUGCGCCGCGCGGAGCGGUUUGGGACACAGGUGGUGAUGUCCGAGGACGAGAAGCGAAGCAGUCGCGCCGAGAGGUUUGGGACUGUAUCUUCAAAUGAAAAGAUGGAGGAGCAGAAGAAGAAAUCCAGGGCUGAGAGGUUUGGCCUUCCCUCACCUGCCUCUGACGAUACUGAGGCCAAGAAAAAGGCCCGCUUAGAACGAUUUGGUCAGAGCACAGGCCAGAGUACAGAGGCUGGCAAGGCGGAAGAAGAGAAGCGGAAGGCACGAGCCCUCAGGUUUGCAGGAACACCUAGUGGAGGAUCUAAAGGAAAUGACAAGGACGCCUCCAAGCCGGAUGCAGCCACUGUGGCAGGCACAGCGUGAUGAAGCGCUCCCUGUUUUUGUUGAGGUUCUCAGGUAUGUCCCGAGAGGCUUUGGUGAAGCCCGUAGCCUGUACACCACUAACGACACCAAUGGCGUCAUGUUGUCCGAGCCAUAUUGAGUGCUGUGUACUGUGUAGCACCUACCUAAUGACUUCCUUACUGUACUUGCCGGGCAGCGUAUCGUCUGUUUGCUGCUUGGUUCGGGGAUAAUCGUGUACUUCAGUCAUACUCAUGUGUCUGCAGUGAGGACAUUUCUUCGUAGCCAUUUUACCUGUGUC